AUGAAGACUACCGCCGCGUUUUUGAGCCUGUACGGUCUUUCCAUGGCCUCUUCUUUUGUUCCGACUGCUUAUCGUCACCCAAAGACCGUCGGAACGACGCUUCUAAGAGAUCAGAUUGUUUCUCCGUUUGAUAGUUCCGAACGGGACGAGGGUUCCGUGGCGACGACGGAACUGGAUGCGCCGCCUACCAAGCUGGUGGGACCGUUAGAUUUGACCUGGGACAAUGUGGAAGCUGUGUUGGAUGAAAUGCGCCCCUACUUGAUUCAGGAUGGGGGUAACGUUAUUAUUAGUGAUAUUGACGGGCCCGUUGUCAAGCUAGAGCUUCAGGGUGCCUGCGGAACGUGCCCGUCGAGUACGCAAACCAUGAAAAUGGGAUUGGAGCGAGGAUUGCGCGAGAAAAUCCCAGAAAUUCAGGAAGUGAUUCAAGCCAUGCCAGAAGGGCCGGAACUUACAUCGGAACAGGUAGAUGUUGUGCUGGAUGGAGUCAGACCAUUCUUGCAGGUAGCGGGGGGAAGUAUCAACAUGGAUCGUAUUGAUGGCGUAGAUGGACUACAGCCGACGAUUUGGCUCAAAAUGGAGGGAUCAUCCGCUUCCCUCAACUCGGUCAAACUGGAGAUCGCGCAGCGUUUGUUGCGACACUUUAUGGUAGCAGGACUUCAGGUUCAGUGGAUUGUCUAGAAUGAAACAGUAGGACAAACGCACUUCCACUCGGGGGGGGAAUAGAUAUUUGUAUCCGCCGCUGAAGGUACGAAUGCUGUACAAGACGGUGUCUUCUGUAAUGGCAUGUUUCGCUUGCAAUUGGAGUUCAUGACAGAAUUGCCCUUGUACUCAGGAUAGUUUCCUCGUGUACAAGUGGUGUAGGGAGGACAGGAGUAACAAAAUACAAUUUCUUUCACACUGAAUAACUUUUAAAAUAAGUACAUCUUGAGUAU